CAGAGGGGCUGACUCCGCUCCUUUGGAGUCGGUUGGCAUUUGGUCAUUGCCUUGCUGUAUUGGCUCAUAUGAGAGUAACAAUAACAGCAAUUGUGUUAAUGCCUUUAUUAACAAAACAACUUCUGUUGCUAAUUUCCAGUUAGUUUCAAUAAUUAAAUAAAACAAUGCCAAUUAGAAUACGCUGUUUGCAAGAUACUGGUCUGUGUUUGGGUUUAUCCAGGUACAGUCAUCGGCAUGCUGUUGUUGAGGUUUUCACCAAUGUGUUGCUGCUGUAACUGAAGUCACAUCUAUCUUGACGAAUAUUUCAUUUCCCCAAUCAUGCUAUUAAAAUCAGAGUGUUUUUACCCUUUCAUUCCUAUUUUCUCUUUUCCAGUACCAUCAUGACAGCUGUGGCUACGUCCUGUUUACAAAUUGCUCAUAGUUGCAUUUUCAGUAGUCCUCGUGGGUUUUGCUUUCCCCUAAUAUGGGCAAUUAGGAGGAAAUAUUUCUCACGAGCAUGGAUAUGCUCUUCUUGUAAUGACAGAGUCCUGCAAUGCAGGAAACAGAGCUGCAUGGUGUCCAUGUCCAUGAUUUCCUGAUGUGGGAAAAAAGUGUGGAAAGCAUCUGGAGAGGAGAACCCCUUUACCAGCUUGUUUCCUGUAAGCGAAAUUGGAAGACCUUGUCUGUGCAAAUAGAUUUCAAAAUAGAGUCUGCCCUUUGACUGUCUCCAUAAUUACACAGCUCUCUCUGUAUUUUAUUUGGCUGCCAGAGCAGUUAACCCCUGGAAGUAAGGGGCUGAUGAUGGCGUGACCAGCACGGGUAUGCAGACAUGACCAUCUGAAUACACUCUUGUUUGAAGAAGUCUGUUGUUAAGACCUCGUUACAAUAUACUUUUACCAAAUUCAAAAAUUAUUAUGUGUUGGGUUUUGUUGAUUAAGAUAUGUUACAUCCUUAACCUACAGGAAAUGCAGAGGUAUUAGUUGCAAAAAAAGGAAAAGAAAGAAACAGAAAAAAAGUUUUUUUGUGGCUUUGAUGUAAUCAACAUCUGUCAACAGAAUGAAUUUGCUUUUGUUUAAUUUCAAGGGCUCUUGUCCCUCUACUUUGCCCAAUCAGUUUCAACUUCUGCCUCAGGCAUUUCCCUAUGUUGUUCUUUUUUUUUCCCUUUUUUUUGAGCAAAUGCACAGGUUAUUGCCUGUGAAAUGUGAGCUGUUCUUCUGCUACACAGGUUACACAGAGUUGGAGAGAACCUUUAAUCUUUCCCAUCUUAUUUUUGAAGCUGUAAUGCUUAAAGGGAUUACAAAGUCGGUGUUUUAUUAGGCAGAAUUGCAAUUACAAGUACAUGUCUUUUAAACCACAGCCAUGACUUUGGAUUGAAAAAUGGGAACAUUUGUUAAAUAAUAAAUAACAUAGUGAAAAGCUAUGUAUUCUUACCUGGUCACAUUGGUUGGAUUCCACAUAUUAUUAUUCAUAAUGAUUUUUAGUACCUCACAUUAAACUUUAUUCCUCUGAAGUUUCAGCAAAAUGAAUAUUUGCUUUAAGAAGCAAACUUGUGAUAUAAUAUUAAAAUUACCUGACAAGACAAAUUACAGAUCUCUAGUGUUUUACCCCUAAUGCAUAUAUACUGAGAAAAUUUUCAUGGUCGUUCUCUUUUCAAGUAAAAAAAAAUUAAAUUAGGUGUUUUAAUAUUAGUUCUCUGAACAAUGCUUUUGUCUUUAAUUGUUCAUAUAUAUUAAGUAAAAUUUACUUUAUCAAGAGCAAGUUGAUUUUAUUUCCUACAUCAGUUGGUUGUUAAUUCUUGUAACCCUAAAUAAUUUUAGUACUGUGCUUCUGUUUAUACUAUGACUAAAUUACUUUAAAGUAUAUUAAUUUUAUUUCUUGGCUCUUUUUAAGGUAUACUCUUGUAUUUAUUGUGUCAGAGAACUGUCAUGAAUUUUUUGCUUUGGUAGCGUUUGCUAAUUGCUUGGAAAUUAGAAAACUUUCUUAAAUGAAUACCAAAAGAAAAGGUUGCUGACAAUUACAUUUGAUGAAUCAUGUGGCUGAGCAUUUUUUUUACAUGGCCACCCCACGCUUCAUUCAUUGAAAACAUAGCUGAUAAAUUGUUGUAACUGUUAAACAAGGAGCAUUAGGAAAUGGCUUAUGUGAGAGUUCAUUUGCAGUAUCUCCCUUUAAAAAUACUUCUUGACCAGAGGAAAAUCACGUCUAAAUGACUAAAAUCAACUUAAUUAAGGGUCAUUAAUAGAGAUACACAUGAAAAACUCUCUGCUCUGUUAGUGAAAUGGGAGCAUUCCAUUAUAUGGUGUAGCAUGCAUGAACAGAUAACAAUUAAAAUAGACCUAGAGUAAAAGGCUAAUAAAUAUAGGGCACAUUGUGCUGCAAAGUCAGUCACUUAAAAUGCUCCCACCCAUCAUCAUACUUGAAUUCUGUUUUCAGCCGCUUUGGCUGAGUCUUUUAAAAGAAAAAGAAAAUGUAACUUCCACACAAGAUAAAUUCAUCUGGUAAUUCACAAAAGCUCACAGUGCAUAUUUAUGUUAUUAUUACAAAUGAAGGUCUGGAAGCUGUGCUGAGGAAUCCAGCGGCUCUGGCAGGACAUGCGUACAUACGGAUUGCACAGUGUGAUUCACUGUCGAGUCAGAGGAGCAGCUGACUGUAAUUUUCUGUGCUCAGCACAUCGUAUCUGCUGAUGUGAUUUGAGUAACGCUGGUAAUAAUUCUCCUUAUGGCAGCUGAUAGUCAAUAUUCUGUUACUCGUGGCGAGUGACGUAGCCUUACUGUUGGGAGAGAAGCAGCGUGUAAAGGGUCAGCUUUGCAUCCUGGCUGUGCUGCUGUGCUACCAGCUGCCCGGCUUCAAACUCUGGGCUCGCUCCGAUGGCUGCAGUUUCCACCGGGAGCUGCACAAAUCCCACACUUAUGAACUAUGUUAUAGUAAUGAAUAUAUGCAGAAAGCUUAACAAAAAGCAUGUGCUUGAGUGCCAGUGUUGCAGCAGUCAAUAAGGCACUGAGAAAAGCUUUGAUAGGUGUAAGAGAUGGGAAGGAGGGAAUAUCAGAGCCAGACUUGUUCCUGUCUCCAGUGAUUGAUGAUGUCGCUAUAUCAAAUUAGCAGUGAAUAUAGGAGCUUAAAAAAUAAAAGGAGCUGUAGCAACAUUAGGAAGGCCUUCUUAAGCAAGGAAGUGUGUGGAUGCAGUCCAGAUUUUCAUUAUAAAACAGUAAACUCAUAUUUUAAUGUAACUUUAUUUUAUUUUAUUUUUACUUUGUAGGAGAAUGUUUUCUGUUGUGAUUUUUUAGAUUUCAAAUAAAGGUUUAGUUAUCCUGUGUUUAUAAUUCUUGCGAUGUAUUUUAGGACGCAUAUUAUAGUAUGGUGAUAUUUAUUUGGUUGUCGUAUUUCACCUGUUCAAGAAGUAGAUAUUUUCGUAUGUGUCUGGUUUAUAAUGAGUAGUUAGUAGAAUAACAACAGACUACGGUACCUUAUUAUCCUGUUAUCUUGUGACAACACUUACAGUGUGUCUUUGGGAGAGCAGAGGUAAAAAUUUUAUUCAAAAUAAAAAGAUGUCCUUUCUGAAUGUGGGAUAGUCAAUAGGUGUGCACCCAUGAAGGUAAACUGGUUUAAUGUAUUUAAGGGCAUAUAUUUGGGACAUUUGGAGUUUUUUUGCUCAAUAAUUGACAAGCACACUUGCACCUUUCCUUCGCCAGUUGACUUUUACACAGUAGACUUGGUACCUGGGCAGCGUGCCGUGCAUCAAAGAGCAUUUGAAAUACACGUUCAUGUAUUGCCGUCCACAUGGACUUCAGCUGAGCGCAUGAGUCUUGUGACUGGCUACCAUGUAAUCUUUUCUUGGUGCAAUCCUAUCCACCUGCACAGGCAGUCAAGCAAUCAACAGCGAAGAUCCUUAUUUUUUCAGGGACAAAGAAAUGCUGCUUAUAGUAUAGUUUGGCCAGCCAUGGUUUCUCCAGCACACCCAGUUCCUAAGCACAUAAAGAAGCCAGACUAUGUGACGACAGGCAUUGUACCAGACUGGGGAGACGACAUAGAAAUUAAGAAUGAAGAUCAGAUUCAAGGACUUCGUCAAGCUUGUCAGUUGGCCCGUCAUGUCCUGCUUCUGACUGGAAAGGCCUUAAAGGUUGGCAUGACAACUGAAGAAAUAGAUUCCAUUGUUCAUCAUGAAAUAAUCAGACAGAAUGCCUAUCCGUCACCUCUGGGCUAUGGAGGUUUUCCAAAAUCUGUUUGUACUUCUGUAAACAACGUGGUAUGUCAUGGUAUUCCUGACAGUCGACCUCUUCAGGAUGGAGAUAUUAUCAACAUUGAUGUCACGGUAUAUUACAAUGGCUACCAUGGUGACACUUCUGAAACCUUUUUGGUGGGCAAUGUGGAUAAAUCUGGUCAAAAGUUAGUGGAGGUUGCCAGGAAAUGUAGAGAUGAAGCAAUUGCAGCUUGCAGACCAGGGGCUCCCUUCUCUGUAAUUGGAAACACAAUCAGCUCCGUGGCGCAGCAGGGAGGCUUCCAGGUCUGCCCCUUCUUCGUCGGCCACGGCAUUGGCUCGUACUUCCACGGGCACCCCGAGGUGUGGCACCACGCCAAUGACAGUGAUUUGUUAAUGGAAGAGGGAAUGGCGUUCACGAUAGAGCCAAUAAUAAUGGAGGGAUCUCCCGAAUUUAAGAUUCUGAAGGAUAAAUGGACUGCAAUUUCUGUAGACAAUAAAAGAUCAGCACAGUUUGAACAUACCGUUGUGAUUACCUCAGAGGGAGCAGAAAUCCUCUCUAAAGUGGUGGAAGAAGGCUAAAGAUUGAGCAAGGUGGAGAGACUCGCUCUGCUUCUGGGAUUUCCAGUUUCACUUGGGACAGAAAGGAAGUUUCUGUAAUUUCUGUGGGGAAUGGGUGCUGUGUAAGCCACUUCAGGGGACAGAAAAAGCAGAUUGGGAGGUCAGCUGUGGAUAUAGUCCUUUCUGUGUGUUGCCUGGUGAGUAUUUAAUAAAAGUUCCUUGGCUUGAUUGUGACCCUGGAAAUCGCCAUGUACCGUCUGCAAGUGCAAAGGGUUUGGGUUAUUUGGGGUGAGGGUCAGAGAGCCCCUCUCUUCCAAAUCCUGUGUGGGACAAACAUGUAUUGGAUGACACAGUGCAGCUGGGAGGACAGAGGAACAUAGUAUUUUCCCUUUAUAGCUGAGGUAUGGAGUCAAUUUGUCUUCACUGCAUUUAGCACAGUGCUGUUUCCCAGGCUGUAACUUCUACUAAGAUGGUAAAAAGUUUCUGGAGGGUGGCAGGCAGAGACUGCAGACUCUUCCCUGCAGCCAUCCCAUCUCUCCCUCUUCCUGCCUCGGCUAAUUUUUCUUUACACAGCACAAAAAGUGAUAAAAAUUAGAUGCGAAGUGUGCUUCUCUAGAGAUCAAUAAUUGCCCUGCUUGAAGAAUUAGCCGGUUUGGGGUAAUCACUGCUCUGCGGUACCCA